AUGUUAGAUGAAAAUGAACCUUUGCUUCAGUCAGGCAGCAAUACAGGGUCUACACGUUCUUCUGAAACAGCCUCUACUCCUUUAGAUUCAUCUGAAUUGGAGCGUAGACAACUUCCUGAAGAUCUCUUCGAGGGCCUAAAGAAUUCUCCUGGUACUACUUUAGUUGAUGGACGCUUCUCAGUUCAGAAAAAAAGUAAUGAUACUCCUAAAAGUUUAGCGAAUCUUUUUAACAGACAACGAGAAGGAGACCCAGAUACAACAGAUGGACCUGGCACUUCUAAAUCAAGCCAACCGCAACCGGCCGCUAUGCCGUCUUCCUUGAGAAAUUUAUUUGGCCCUCCGCAAGAUCAGGACAAAAAAAUUCCUCCGCCUAGUGGCGUUGUAUCGCCUCCUAAUAAAACUCCCCGUCCACGUGUUCUUCCUAUAUCCCCUUUAGCUUGUACGGAUAGUCUUCCUCGUUCUCGUUCCAAGCUUGCUUCUUUACCUAGCUCUCGUAUUAGCCGCUCAGCUCCAACUACUCCAGAACAAGAAAGAAGGUGGAAUUCACCAAUCAGUCCCUCGCCUCCUGAUACGGUUUCUAUUCCUCUAAAAGCAAGUUGCCAGCAGUCAGCGGGCUUUCCCUUGAGAAAAAAAUCAGCUGAAAUGAGAUUUGACGUCGACAGUGCAGCCCCACUUUCACAAGACUCCUCGCCAAAUUCGCCGGUUCUGUCGCCAAGUUCGCCAGUCCUGUCGUCAACUCCUAAAAGAAGAAAUUCUCGUGAUGCGUUAUCAGAAGAUUCAAGAUUUGCAGGUAGAUCGUCUUCCCAGUCUCCCGAAGUUGAAAUGUCAAAAGAUGAUGACUCGUUGCCCUCCAAAGUGAAAGAAUCAUCAGGGAAUUCAAGGUUUUCAGUCAAACCUCCUGAUAAGGACAUUGUGAAAGACAAUUCAACAGAACUUGCAAGGUCUCCGGUAAAAGAGGAUAGCUCUCCCGCAGAGAAGAUGAAACCUUCCAAACCGAUUGAUAUGCCAAGAUCAAGGGUAAGUCAAAACAUAAGUACCAGUCAAGUCUAUGAAACUUGAUAGUUAUCCAACUUCCUUUCUUACCUCUUUGUUAGCUAACGAUUCUUGCAAGGAUACCAAAAACGAAAACAAAGUCCUACAAAUGCAAACCGAGAUGGCCUAGCUACUCCGGCUUUUGUUGUAAUGUCGGGUGUUUUUGAAUGCGAAAGUUUGGACUUUGGAGUAUAGCAGUUUUCAUUGUGACGUAGUUGAAGUUAAUUUGGUUUUACCACGUUCAGUUACGGGUUGAAUUUUCAUGUAAGCCGUUCACGUGAUUACAAAAUACAAAUACGAGUAGCUGAGUCGUUGUCACGUGGUCUCUAAACAAGCGUUCAUUACAUGGGCUUUAUGAACCUACUAAAGAAUGUACGACAAGGUUAAAUUCAACUCGUCAAGUACAGCUGAAAAGACUAAUCCACACCUUAGUAAAACUGAAUCAAAAGAUGAAAUUCAAGAAACUGGUGCUGUGUCAGUGAGGGAAUAAGGCAAAAAUUUGUUUUUAUCAACGGAGCUUAUUAAGUCAAUGUACCAUUGAAAAGGAAUGAAAACGGAAUGUGUUUCGUCGAACUUGCGAUGGGAUAGUGCUCGAAACGAAAGAAAGAGUGGAUAGAGAUUUGACAAUGCAAAUGUUGGAUUUCCCAAGUAAACGACAGAAAGCCCUAAGGUGGUUUCGCCAAAUGAAAAUCCCUCUUUGACGUGGAUUUCAAUCAACAAAUUAGAGAAAAAAUAAGUCCGUUUUUGAUCAAGUCAAGUCAACUUUAUUCAGGCAGAUCGAGUUGCCCUGUCAACCAUUGGAUGGUAUCAAAAGGGGCCCUGCGUAAAUUACGACUAUACAAUAAAAUUUUAAAAAUUAAAAAGUCCGUUUAAAUUAUGUACAAUGAUUUUGAAAAAAGGAUAUCGAGUUCUUUUGGGAAUCUGUGAAUCCGGACUUUCACAUGCAAAUGUAUUUUUCUCUUUGCAUUUUAUUGUGCUCCCGUCUUCUAUUCGACACUUGCACAUCUCCCACAAUACACUUUCUUUGCCCCCUCCCCCCCCCCCCAAUUUUGCGUAGCCUUUGUUUUCAACUCUCUUGGGUGUUACAGUCGUCCCAAGGAAAAUUGAAGACACUGCUCAUGCAAAAUUUGUGGGGGAAAACAAAGUGUAUUAAGGGAGAUGUGCAAGUGGCGAAUUAUGUUAUUUGAUUUACCCGAACCGUACUCAUGUUGUCUGCUUCAAAUCGAUUGCCCCCACUAUCCCGGUAACCAGUAUAUACAAGUUACUUCUGCAACUGAUACGUGAACGAAUUUUUAUUUUCAGUUUCAAGUAGCCAAGUCCUCAGAUGACGUCAUCAGUCCCAAGGGAGAAGACCGACCACUCGUCACGUCAGGAGUCCCUAACUAUGGAGUCACUGAUCCUUCCCCACCCCCCAGCGUUCUUACCACACCACCCUCUAGAUUUCAAGUGAACACUCCAUCAAAAUGUUCAGAGAAUAAUACAGCGACAAGUUCUGACGAAGAUGCAGACCCCGAUGCGGUCGGACGCGAGUCCUUUGCGGUCUUGUCCCUUGAUGGAGAAAGUGGUGAAGUUUACAUUUAA